GCGGCCUCCAGAGAAAGAUGUCGUCCCGUGUUACGAAUUUUGAGAUAAUGGAACUAUGGCUAGCAAAACAAAGAACAAAGGAUUACACAAAGAUGGCAGUCGCUCAAAAGAAGGCUUAUCUUCUAAAAAGGACGGAUUUGGGGAAGAUGGCAGCAGUCCCAUCAGCAUGAACGGAGAUCUGGAAGAUGACCAACAACUCUGGAUACACGCUCCAGAGGACUCCUCCAACUUGGAGGAGAAGGAUCGGAAACGUCUCAGUCACAAUGUCCUGGAGAGACGUCGCAAAGACAAGAUCAAGCGCUGGGUGGUGGCGAUCAAAGAACUUCUGCCCAAGUUCAGUCUGGGAAUGGAGAAGCUGAGUCAUGGGGACAUCAUGGAGAAGGCAUGCUCGUACAUCAAGGAGUUACAAGAUAAGAAUGAGAAGUUGCUGCAGGACUGUGGUGGUGAAGUGCAAGCUGAAGAGAUUGAGAAGCUGAAGAAGGAGCUGACCGAUGUAUACGCUGAGAGAGACAGGCUACUUGAAAUCAUCAGAAAUGCAGGUCUGUCAGCAAUGCAGGACCCAUCCUACCAGUGGAAGUCCCGCAACCAGAGCAAGCCAGACAGUACAGCCACAUCCAUGGACUGUGAACCCAGCUGCUCAUCCGUGCCAAGCGACACCUCCGUCGCUGACAUCAGUUCCUCCUCCUCGUCCUCCCAGAAAGAAGACGAGUCCAAACUGGCCAAGAACAAGAGGAAGAACACAGUGAGCUUCCAGCUGGAACAGACCAAGAUACAGCAGCAGCAGCUGCAGGAGGCAGCAGCAGCUCAGGCGAUGGCAGGAGCGAUGUUUGGACCAGGCUUCAUGGGCAAUGGAGGAAUGCCUCUCAUGAACCAGAUGUUCUCAGGACUUGGGCAGCAGGUGCUUGCCAACCAGAACCUGCUGAUGAACUCUGGAUUUGCUAAUCCUGGAGCUGUUGUGAUGAAUGGGAAUGGACAGAUGAUUCUACCCAUGUCUUCGGCAGGAACUGGUGCUGGUGUUGGCAGCAGUGUUCAGCCACCAGGGAUGAUAUUUCAAGGGGACAGAAACAUGGCCUCUAAUGGGUUAGGGUUGUUGCAACUUGCCAUGCAAGAUGCUGGAAUUGGGCCAGCCCAGUCGGACAAUUCACGCCAACCCAGUCCUGUUGGUUCCACGUCAUCGGAUGUCCUCAACCAAUCAAAGCCUGUGUCGGCAAGCUCGUCCGGUAGUGACACUCCAAAUUCAGUGUCAGGUUCCACAGAUGAUAUCAAUUCUGCUUCAGCCUUACAGACAUUGGCCUCCGUGGCCUCUAAUACUCAGAGUGCUGCGGUGUGCUCAGUGAUGUCAGGGAUGCCUCAAGCACCUGCCUCCGUGGUCAGUCAGACCUCAGUGGGCAUCACCAACACAUCUGCAGUCAAUUCUGUCAUGUCCAUCAGUCAGCAGCCCAACUAUUCACAGUUGAUGCAGCAAGGGAACAUGGUUGUAAAUAUGCCCAUCAUGAACCCUGGUCAACCUAGUGCUCCAGGCAUGUUUCAGAAUGGUGCUUUAGGGGGAUAUGGGAUGGGGAACUUUGUGAUAAACCAGAACGGUCAAAUGAUAGUGAUAAAUGAACAAGGCAUGCCUGUAAUGCCGAGCAUGCAGCCCAGCGACCAACAGCAGCCACAGCCGCCACCACAGCAAUUGUUACCGCAAUCACAACAGCCUGUUCCAACAAGCAAACCUGCCGAGAAGUCAAAAAGUUCUAAGAAAUCAAAAUCAAGCACCUCCGUAUCAAACAGUGCCUCUGUAAUAUUACCAAGUGCUCAAGAACAAACCGAUGCUGGUGCUAUGAACAUUUCCUUAGUGUCCAGUAAGUCGGAACCGAUUGUCAAUAGUGCUAAUACAAUAACAGUGACUGCCUCCCAAACCCAGCCAUCAGUCAUGCCCCCUAACCUGUCCCAGCAGCAGAACCCCAUGACAAUGUUUGCCCAACAGAACCCCAUGUUACAACCCCAAGGAAUCCAGCCCAUGACACUCCAAGGCCAACCCCAGGUGUCCCUGCCCUCUGGCCAGAACGUAUACCAACAACAACUGAACGGCCAACUGGCCAUGAACCAACAAGUCGUCCAGAACCCAGGUCUGGCUAUGCCGGUCAGCCAGAACGGGAAUCUGUUAACCUUGAACACCAUGCCCAGCCAGCCCAAUCAGCUCCCAACUGCUCUCAUCCUUCCUAACGGUCAAAUAAUCCCUGUAGUGACCAAUGCCCAGACCGUGAAUCCACAAGCUCAGUCGAUGAAUGGAAAUGUGCAAGUUCUGUCCAAUCCAGGAGCUCCUUCCUUUCAGUAUCCGCCUCAGAUGCAGCCGCGGCCUGCAGUGCCCAAUACAGUGUUGGGGAUCGAUCCUAACAACCCAACAGCUGGGACUCAAAUGAUAAUCGGGCCUAAUGGACAAAUUCAGCAGAAUCCUCAGCAACAGCUUCAACAACAGCAACAGCUUCUGCAACAGCAACUUCAGCUCCAGCUCCAGCAACAACAACAACAGAGCCUUCAGCAACAAAACAUGGGCUUGCUUCUAACCACAACUGCGUCAUCUCAGGUCGCCCAGACUCCAGUCUACAAUUGUGCGACUUUAAGCACAAGUGUCGUUCCCACGUCUUCAACCCAGAGUGUAAUGAGCACACAAGUGCAAGCCUCGGCCACAGCGUCUAAUGUUGUACAGACUGCAAACUCCUUGUCUAAUCCUCAAGAAGUUGUGUCUAACACUUGCAGUGUAAUGAGUGGGCAGGAGUUUGAGUCUGGAAGUAAAAGUAGCAGUGAUACAGUGAAGUCCUUGACCUCCUCAGUGCCGCCCAUUGCUCCUGCUGGUGUAGCUAGUACCGUCGCCACUCCGCAAGGUCUCGUUCUGAACCAGUCCCAAACUGGGCCACAAGCUCCUGUACUGCUGUCAGUACCUAUGAACGGCCAGCAGAUGAACGUCUUGAUAGAUCCUGUAACAAUGCAGGUGCUUGCAACUGUGGCUCCAAACCAAAAUCAGGCUGCUCCAGCAACAACAGCUCCUCCAGCCACCACAACUACUUCAACACCUCCAUCUUCAACGGGGAAGAAAUCGGGGAAGAAAAAUCAAAGAGCUAUUUUCCCCAAACCAUCCAGCACCUCAAGCAAAGUUACUUCAACAGCCUUACCCACAGAAACUGUUGCUCCACCCCCCCUUGACUUCAGCCUCACCACUGCCAAGCGCACCACCUUCCCUCCCGGAAGGUUCCAUGUCCCAGGCAACCAUGGCGUGACAAGUACAACCUUCUCCGAAUCAAAGACUAAUUUCUCCAGCACAAGCACAGAGGCAUCAACAACGUCUGUGAGUGCUGCAGAGGCUGCUGCUGCUGCUGCCACGGACAUCCUAGCCACGGCUGUGUGUCAAUCCAUCUUCUACCCCUCCCCCUCCGAGAUCUCUCCUGGUCCUAGUUUUUACAAUCCUGCAAAUGAGGACAAUCCUCUCCACAUUGACACCAGUGUAGGGGAUGGAGACGAGGACAGCAGUACCGUCUCCCCUGUCAAGGCAACUCAUGACCCACAAAGCACCCCCAACAAGGACACAGAGAUGGCCCCGCCCCAAGUUGUGGUGCCCCCCAGUGCAGAAGCCACCAGAGGUGCCCCCCGUGGUGCCUCCUGCACAGCCCCCUGCACAGCCCCCUGCACAGCCCCCAGCUCAAUCCCCAGUGUUGCCUCCACCAACACCCCCAGCCCCAGAACAGGUCACCUCAACUCCAACCAAAAAGGGCAAGUCAAAAUCAAAAUCUAAGAACAAGAGCACAACCUCAGAAACAGGCAAAUCGGAAUCCAAAAAGUCAUCCAGCAAGAAAAAGAAGCAAGCGGCCCAACCACCACCACCUCCACCUCCACCUCCUCCCCACCACCACCUACACCACCAGUUAACACAGAACCAGAACCUAAGGUUGUGAAUUUGCCAGACACUAUUGAAUUCAGUGUAAGCCAGAUAUCGGAUGUGCUGGACCAGGUUGAAAGCUUUGGUGCGCCGGUAGAACCAGUGAAGAAGAAGAGCAGGAAAGGUAAAUCUGAUGCUGAGAGUGGUGAACCUGCCAAUAAAAAACGGAAAAAGAACUCUGCUAAAGAGAAGGAGAAAGUGCCCGUCUCCCAACCUCAGAGUAACAAGGCAUUGUCAGUCUUUGACUUUGAUGAAGACAGUCCUCCUGAAGUGUCUCCAACUAGACGAAGUCUUGGUCCUCUCCAUAAUCAGAACUCUCUUCCUGUGUCUGUGCCUACCCCCUCACGUCCUGCCCCACCCCCAGCCCCACCCCCACCCCAGCCCCACCUCCAGCACCAGCACCAGCUCAAGCUCAAGCUCCUAACCCUCCCACCCCGAAGGCCCCUGUGGUGUUACCUCCCUUGAAAGGAGGCGAACACAGCUGCUGAGAACUUUGACCUGUUGGACACUGUUUUGUCUCAAGCUCUGCCUCUACAGACAGAGCCCAGUACGUCUCAGCCAACAGAGAGUGUAAAGUCGCCAUUCACGCACUCUGAAAGUAACAAAAACAUGGAGAUCGGUGAUGCUCAAGAAUCUUGUGUUCAGUCGUUUAGUGGUUCUGUUUCAUCAACUCCCUCAAAUCCGAUGACUGAUGCUGCUAACAACGUUUCCCAGACAAGCUCCAGUUCUAGACUGUCUCACACAGACAAUCAGAUCUUCUCCAAACCUUCGCCAAUCACAGCUACAAGCUCUGAUGACUCCACACAGAAGACCAGUGGUGUCUCUUCUAACCUUACUCCGAAGUCAGACUUGAUGGAGAAUGCUGUGUCCAGUUCAAUAUUGUCUCCUGCAUCAGCUGGCAGUGCUCAAGGUCAGAUGUCGGACAUGGUCGUAGCUGCAAUCUCAUCUAGUGGAGUUGAUGCUCUUGCUGAGUUGACAGCCACACCUUCAGCAUCUCCUUCUCCAGGUGCUCUAAUAAUGGAGAGCUCUCCCACAUACCAGCCACAAAUAGAUCAACAGCUGACCCCUCAACAGCCCACGCCACAGCCUCCGCCACAACAGACAACCCCUUGGCAGUCCCCUCCUCCCCUACAGCAAUCACCAUCUCAGUCUCUGCAGGUGCAGCGACCUCCCUCCCAUCCUCCACAAAUGGCUGCCCCACCUCCUCUUCAACAGCAACAGCCGAAUCCGAGCUCAAGGCCAAGUUCACAGCAGCAGCCAGCACAAAUCCAUCCACACAACCAGCCUUCCAAUCAAAGCUUGCCGAACCAGCCAAGUCAGAGAAGUAAAUCGGCAAACUUACCGCCUCAGCAACAAAUCAACUAUCCCUCAUCACAGAAAUCCAGCACAAUGCAGCAGUCACCAUCUUCCACCAGCAUGGUGUCACCACCUGCACCACCUCGUUCUAGAGGAGGUCAGGAGAGUCAGUCGCCUUUUGCAAAUAAAGGUCAAGGUCAAGUCUCCUCCUUCCAGCGAUCUCCAUGUCAUGAAGUCCCUGGCUCAGCAGACCCGCUGUUUAACUCGCCACCACAAGUGUCUUCCAUGCCUAAACUCUCUCAUCCUCCUUCCAGUCAAACAAGCAAGCCUAUGAACACCACAGACAACUCUGCUAGCCAGAGGUCACGAAAUAGCAUAUACUCUGCGGACAAUUUUGUACAACCGAGCCGAAACAGCGGCAAUGCAGAAACAAGGUCACAAACAUCCUCUGCAAAUGUGAACAGCAGUGGUAAUGGGUUUGGACGCUUACCGACAGACUCGACAAACGAGAGUUUUAACUUUACAAGCAUUGGUCUCAACUUGACAUCAAGCACCGCGAGCAAUAGCUUGCCGGAAGCUCUAACAAACUCCUCAAACUCAGCAACUCCAUUUUCAUUUAGUUUGACACCUGUGACCACCACCACUACCACCACCGCCACUACAGCCAGUAGCAGUUCGGGGCCUCUCCCCUCUCACAAUCAUCAUCAAUUCUCAUUUUACCCUCUCCAUCCUCAAGUUUCACAACAGACUUCACUGCCAUCUGGUGGCACAACUAGUGGUUCCCAAGGGGGACAACCCAACAUGUUGGCAUUAGGGGUGGACCUGCGGUUGGAAGGUUCCGGGCCACCAGUUCGCCAUCCACCCAACAGUAACCAUCAGGGGCAAGGCUCCUUCAACUUCCACCUAAUGGACAUGAACUCUCGGCCUUCAAAUAUCCCUCCAGAACCACCAAGGAUAAGCAUGCCAGAGAAAAAUGCUCAUUUUAGUGGUAGUGCAAAUGGACAGAAAAGACAGGCCAGUGUACCUCCUAGUAGAACAAUCCAGGGUUCUCAGGCGCUGGAUCAUAAUAUCCCAACGUCACAGCGUUCUCCACAUGUAAAUAACAGUGGUUCCUAUUACCCUCCCAACUUUCAGACUUGUACAGCUUCCCUUCACACACCUCCUCUUCAUCAUCAUCCUGCUCAAAGUGGAGAGUCCUCUAGGCUUGCUCAUCCUCGUGGUCCCUAUGAACCCAACUUCCCCAGUGCUUCUCAGUCGAUGGGUUCCAUGGCUUUUGUCGCAAACCGUUACGACCCGGUUCAAGGGCCCUUCAACAGACAGUGUAACCCUCCUCAGUCCUUCGAACAUUCGUCCAAUCCUAACUCUGAUUCUAGGAAAUCAACCAAUCAAAGUGGCUCGAAGGGAAGCAAACAACCUCCACAACCGACUCCUCCUCUGUCCCAUCCACAGAGUCAACCUCCAAGUGUAAUCUCUGCAGCUCCUCAAAGUCACACUCCAUCAAAUUCCCACAACUCAUCUUGUUCUUCUCAACCACCUCCUCAGACAGCCCACCCAAUGUCUCAGUCGGUGGCACAAGUGCGGCCCCAGAAAUCACGGAAACAAAGCAAGAAGGCCUCCAAACAACAGCAGCAGCAGCAGCAACAGCAGAGUUAUAACAGUGAGAUGGACACAAACCUAGCUCAUUCGAUAUUUGACAGCAAUCAAGGUCUAGCAACAUAUUUUCAAAUUCCCAAUCUGCCCCCCUCUCCUUCAAGAAAUAUGUCCAACGAGGGACCCUCGUUCCUACCAGGGAAUCUCUUCAGUGCAGGUGGUCGACCAAUAUCAAAUUCGGGUCCGGGGAUGCAUAAAAAUGCUGAACUUGGUCCACCGUUUAACUCCCUGUUUCCUCCAAGCAGAGCCCAGAAUGGUCUGGGUUUGAACUUUCAACACACUUUUGGUAUGAACCCAGGAAACCCAUCUAAUGGCCCUCAGUUAGGGUCUCAUUCAGGGGGCAUGUCCCUCACCCCUCACAUGCCCAACUUCAGUCUGGGCAACCUCAACUUCUUGUCCGAUGUGAACUCCGGGGGACAAAAUGACUCUUUGAACAUCUCCCCAAUUAAGUUCCCUCACGGUAACACGAUCCUCCCACCCCAGGCCGGGAUGGAUCACAACUCUCUCCAACACGCCCACCAGGGGUCGUCACUCUACCACCAGCGCAGCCAACCUCCACAGCCCCAUGUCAUCCACAACGCCAUGAGCAUCAACAGCAUCCUUGGUCACAACCCUCAUGGCUUUGAUGUCAGGCCGAUGGGCCAACCAAUUAACAGUUCCGUCACGCCGCCCUUUCAUGGGGCAGGCCAUCCUGGGUCAUUUUCAAUGCCACCGUUAAAUUUCUCAAUGCAUGAACAUUAGUGUCACUGUCCUCCCUAGUGGUCGAGUGUACCCUAUGAGCACUAGUGGAGCAGACUCUCCUUACAGAGUUACCUCCCCUGGAAUGCUCUAUGGCUGAGAUUUGGAAUCAAGCACCUGUUCUAGUGUAUUUUAUUGGUUGCCUGUUCUAGUAUAUAUUAUUGAUUUUAUAUACCCAGAUGUCCUAUUCUAAAAAUGGGAUAUAUGUUAACAUACACAGUUAAAAUUCAAAAAUAUUUUGUUGAAAAAUUAUGUUUUACUUUUCUGUAAAUUAUUACAAUUUUAGGGCAGGCCUGUUAGUUGAACCAUAAGCUAAUCGGAAUUUAGAUUGAAAAUUUUAUCCUUGGACUAAAAUUUUGGAACAGGUGUUUCUGAUUCAAACUCACACUCCAUUCAGAAGUGACUCACUCCAGUAAUUACCUUCUUGCUCCCUAUAUUGUAUAAGAACAAUUUAAGGAAAGUUUUAUGAUUUAGAAUUAGGGAGGACAUGUCAUCGUACACUGAAACUCUCCAUCUUGCCUGUCUGCUGUAUCAAGUUUGUGUUCUUAGUGAGAAGAAAUGGCUUUUAUAUGUAUCAUGGUAUAGCUGCUUUACCUGUCACCUAGUCUCUUUGGCCCAACAAGAUCAUAUGUUGUUCAUUUUCUAUAUAUACUCGCCUGCAAAAGAAAUGCUCAUUCCUCAUUGUUUUGCACUCAUUCAAACAAACUGCUCAGAAGCUCGGAUUGAUGUUAAUAUUAUGAUGUAGUAGUCCGAUUUGGGCUUUUCAUUACAAAUCUGUAUGGUCUUGGGUACCACAAGAAGAUUGGUGCGUUUCUUUUGCAUGUGAGCAUUGUUGGUGCCUCCAGUAGUUUAUGGUACAUAAAUAAGAAGACAGUUUUAUUUUGCAAGUGUUAGCUCAAGCAGCAUUUACAGCCGAUGGUAUGUUCUAUAUUUCCUCUGUUACAUUUCCCCGUUCAAAUGGGAUCGUGUGUGUCAUUUCCAGUCUUUGGCAGUGUGGUUCCACAAGUCAUCCAUUCUAGGAUAUGAAUUGUCUUUUACUUCAGAACACAGUCUAUUUUGCUCUAGGAAAGCUGUGCUUUGAAACACCUAAACACCUUCUCAUAAGGGGAGAAUGAUUGUGAGUGAUAACUACCAGAUAUUCCAUCUUAGAGAUUAUCGGUGCUAGUUGGUUAUUGGUCAGUUGAAGUCACAUGAGCUCACAUAACUUCAUUGUUGAGAUAAAUGGGAUAUAACAUCAUCCAUGGUUUAGGUCAAAGGUUUUUACAAUGUCAUCUGAACAAAAGACUUCAGUGAGUUUGUCAUUUCCUGUAAGGUUGACAUUUCAUCUAAUAUAUAAAAGUUUGCAUCUUAAAAUGUUAUUGACUGAUAUCUCGAAACUCAUAUUCACUGCUCUAAAGACAUAAUUCAAAUGCUACAAAUUAUUCUUGCUAUUUUAAAUUGUUCAUUUCUGUUUUAAUUUUUAUGAAUAUUGAUUGAAUAUUUACAAUAUGUAAUUCUGUCUAAGAGAUUCAGUGACGUUUGAUUUAGCUGAAUCGUUACCAGAGUGACUCAGUUGGAAAAUGACAAAAUUAAAUGACAGCUGCUGUCACUAUCCAAGUUCGCAUCACUGCAGACUCUAUAUUCCUACAAAAAUUAAGUCUCCGUAUUAUUAUACCCAAACUUACACACCUCAAUUCCAUGGAAAACUGUCUCACCUGAUAGGGCAAGAACUGUGUAAAUACAUAUAUAUAUAUUCGAAUCUUUAUACCUGCUUGUUGUGCUGUAUGUAUUGAAUGCUCACUAAGGAUAAAAUCAUUGUUUUAUCUGUGUAAUAGAUUGUUAAAAUCUAUUUGCAGUAUUUAUUUUAGAACUCCUUAAUGGGACCAUAAGGGUCACUCAGUUAUAAUCACGCUAUGGGGACUUUCUACCUUUACGAGGAACCGGAUGCAGACCUUGCUUAAAGUUAAGAAACAAGGUUGUUAAAUUGUUUAGUAACAGUGAGACUUCAAUUCAAGCAGUGUUGAUGAGAAAGACAGAAAUGUGUGAAAUAAUUUAUGAAAAGUUAUAUUUUUCUAUUUGUAUUUUAGAUUUUGAUAUCAAGUGAUAUCAGUGUACAUAAGAUGAUGAUGAUGAUGAGUGUGCCUUUUGUACAGUGACAUUGUCCGUUGACUUGCCGUAGUAGACCUGUAAAUUAUAUUGUGUGCGAUUACUGUUACGAAUUUCAGAGUUCCAGAUAAGUUGCAUAUUUGCAUAAAAUGUGUACCAUACAUGACUAUAACAGGGUAAAUUUUGCUUGCUUAGAGAAAUAUACAUGCAAGAUUUCUUAAACCCAAUGGUACAAGACAGUAAUUUCAAAAUGUAGACUUUUAAUUUACUUUCUCUUGUAGUUUAGACAAGUUGUUGAAAGAAGUGACACACUUGGAACACGCUAUGGAUGGAUGCAAGUUUGAAUGCAGGUUAAGCAGCAUUAUGAACAUUUAUUUUAGAACAGACUAUUUGUUGGUUUAAAAAUACUCAUUAAACUUGACGUAAGGGAGUAAACAUCUAUUAAAUACUAGUACGCAAAGAAAACUCAAUACCCAGUGAGAUGAAAGAGGGUCAUGAAAGCAAAUUGCUGGAUCGAUGUUCUUUCUUAAAGCAUUCCUACUGUUAUCAGCAAAUCUAUUGUUAUGUAAGUUGCUCUAAAAUUUGUUUAACAAACUAGCAUUAAAAUUUUGACACAGUUC